AUGCCUUCUAAUUUGCGACGAAAGCGAACGCAACAACGUGAGUAUUAUAAUAGAAAGCGUUGUCGCAAUAUGGUUGAUGGUUCUUUUGAAAGUGAAAAUUUGGUUGAUGGUUCUGUAAAUGAGGGUUCUUUGGUUGUUGGUAAUAGUAGUUUUUUGGAUGAUGGUUGUUUAAGUAGGGAUUCUUUGAUUGUAGAUCAAUGUAGUAGUUCUGUGGAUGAUGGUCGUUUAAAUAGAGAUUCUUUGGUUGUUGGUAGGGGUAGUGAUAUGUUUGUUGAUGAUUGUUUAGGUGAAAAUUGUAUUGAGAUUGAUAAUUUGUUAGUUGAAAAUACUUUAGAAAAGUCUGUGGUUGAACGUGAUACGAGUAUUGAAAGCGAUAUAAGUAAAAUUGAUAUUAUGAGUAAUUUUUCGAGUUCUGUUUCACGGUGUAUUACCCCUGUUAGUGAAGUUUCAUUGUUGCCUAAAAGGGGCAGACCAUUAAAAAAAACAAGCUGCGGUGGUAGGAAGAAAGUUGUAGAAAAUAGUGAGGUGUUACAUUCUGAUAUUGUUACGAAUUUUGAGCAUUUAGAAUCUUUAGAUAUUCCUUAUGGUCCUUUGUUACGUUCAGAUAUACGUAUUUUUGCUCAAAAUAUAAACCCAGUGAGAGAUUACAUUAAAGGUCUUUGGUCCAAUCCCAAUUCGUGGUUAGAAGAAAACUAUAUUUAUUAUUAUUUAAACUACUUAACCACUCGCACUAAUAAACGAAUUGUUGUACUUGACCCUGCGUUUUCUUUUGUUGACUAUCAAUAUGGGGAUAGAGAUCCGCUAAUUCCUAUAGAAAAUUGUUUUAAUUAUUCUGUUGAUUAUGACAUUUUGCUCAUGCCCAUCUGUUUUCCAGGUCAUUUUGGGCUUAUAAUAUAUGACCGUUAUAAUAGAAAUGAUAUUAAAUGUUUGUUUGUUGAUUCUUUGCCUGCUGUUGAUAGAUUGUUUAAUGUUCGAUAUCCUGGAUUUGAUAUAAGGCGUAUUGAUUUGAUAAAACAAGGCAUAAGUGAGUUGACACCUGGUAUUGAUGCAGAUAAUAUUCAGAUUCAAACCCUUCCUCGUACUCAAUUUAGUGAACAAACUGACGGGGUUAAUUGCGGGUUUUUUGUUUGCUUGUAUUGUGAAUUGUAUUUGUUUAAUAAUAGUAAUAUGUUGAUUCCUGAUUUAAAUAUUAAUUAUGAAAGGAAACGAAUAAUUUGGAAUCUUUCUAAUUUAGCGUUGGCUAAUGAAAUUGAAUAUAUAGGACCUUCUUUGAUACAUUCCGCGAAUACGCCUAACGGGAAUUGUUUUAAUUUUAAUUUAGAAUUUCCAGGAGAAAUUCAAGAAAACUGUGUAGUUAAUAAUUUACCGGUAAUAAAUAUUGAACCUGAUCCUCCUUCACAAAACUUAAGAAGGUCUGCAAGAAUUAAAUCUAUGCAAAAAGAUAAUGUAUCCGAACUAAAUAUUAAUAAUAUUACACUUAAUAACUUAAAGGAAAUUACACCCCAUUGUCAUUGGUCUCAUAAAUUAUAUCCUUGCGCAGACAUGUUGUAAGCUACUACGAUUCUGGAAAUAUUGGAGAUAAGGAUUGUUUUUAUUGCGGUGCAUUGUUGUUUAAUUCUGAAAUUAAUGAGGCACAUUAUAAGAAGUUUAAAAAGAUUUCCUCUUCAUAUUGUUGUCGUUGUGGCUUAGUUAAACUUCCUUCGUUUAAACCCCAUCCUCAGUUAUUAAAAGACUUAACUAAAGGUGAUACUAAGGAUUCUUUAGAUUUUUUGAAAAAACAAAAUGUAUACAAUUCCCUCCUUGCUUUUGCGUCAAUUUAUGUAGGCCACAGAGAAACUAAACAUUAUGGUGGGGUUUGUUAUCUGCUAAAUGGCGAAUUUGUUAGAAAAAUGAGUUCGAUGGUAGCUGGAGAUUCAGGACCAUCAUUUUCC